AUGUUGGAGGCUUUCGAAAUUCUGACUACCUCUGGGGUUGUCUUAUGGUCCAAAUCUUACGCCCCCAUCGGUGCGCAUGUCGUGAACGGUCUUAUCAACGACGUAUUUAUCGAGGAAAAGGUUCUCAACCAGCCUCCGACAGCAAAUGGUCCUUCCCCGGUGUUCAAGAAGGAGAAAUAUACCCUGAAGUGGAGGAGAGUGAAGGAUCUCAACCUGAUCUUUGUGGCCGUCUACCAAUCGCUGCUUCACCUUGGCUGGAUCGACAAGCUCCUGGAUAACAUCUCGACUAUUUUCAUCGAUCUUUACAAGGACCAAUUGAAAAGCUCGCGCGCGACGGCCAUCGAGUACAAGUUCGAUAGAUACUUCGACCAGCAAGUCCAGGAAUUGGAGGACAAUACGGCAUCUGCGCCUGUCGAAGUUUCCGUCGCGGAUGGAGAGGAUAAGAAGGAUCCGUUUGUCUCGUCUGAUAAUGGAGGACCGCCGCCACCGCCAGUACCUGGCCUCCUAAAAGCGCAGCAACAAGCUGCGCCGGGCGUGGCGACCUCUGAUGAGGAUACGCCACCCCCGUCUCGGGAUACUUCUAGGUCACCAACACCUGCAAGCCGUAUCCUUACCGCGAAGGGAGGUCCGGCUGGUCGUGUGUCUCGCCGCGCGCGCAAGGCCGCCAGCGCCAACACUUCGUCCGGCGAUGAGAAAGUUCGAAAGGGCAAGGGCUCCAAGGGCGAAAAGAAGAAGCGCAGAUGGGAUGCAAAUGGGCUUGCUGAUGAGGACGACGGCGAGGUCUUGGAUUACUCCGCACCUGCUGACGGUGAAGAUGCGCCAACGGCAGCCGUGGAGGAGGUUUCGCAAGAUUCUAUGGGCCGCAGGACCGGCAAAGGCCAGUUCGUGCUGAAGGAUCUGGGCGAGGAGGUCCAUUCGAUCCUUGAAAAUGCGGAUAGUGAGAAGCCCAAGUCAAAUCAGUCUUCCGGCUUCGUUGGAUCUGGUUUCAGCGCGAUUGGCAACAUGCUGCGCAAUGUUGUGGGCGGAAAGGUUCUUACCGAAGCCGACUUGGAGAAGCCUCUCAAGACGAUGGAAGAUCAUCUGCUGAAGAAGAACGUUGCGCGCGAGGCGGCUGUACGGUUGUGCGAAGGAGUCCAACGGGAGCUUGUCGGAAAGAAGACCGGCAACUUCCAAAGCGUCGAUGCUGCGCUGCAUCAGGCCAUGGAAUCCUCCUUGCGCAAGAUUCUCACUCCCACCUCUUCUUUGGACAUGCUGCGUGAGAUUGAUGCCGUCACAUCGCCGACCAGCAAAGGACAAACACCUCAUCCAUAUGUCAUUUCGAUCGUGGGUGUCAACGGAGUCGGUAAAUCGACAAACCUGGGCAAGAUCUGCUACUUUUUGCUCCAAAACAACUACCGUGUGCUCAUUGCGGCAUGCGAUACUUUCCGUUCCGGCGCCGUUGAGCAACUCCGAGUCCACGCCCGGAACCUGAAAGAGCUCAGCGCUCGCGAGAACGUCGGAGAAGUCGAACUCUACGAAAAGGGCUAUGGUAAGGACGCCGCCAACGUCGCCAAGGACGCAGUGGAAUACGGCGCCGUCAACAAGUUCGACGUGGUCCUCAUCGACACCGCGGGUCGUCGCCACAAUGACCAACGCCUGAUGUCGUCGCUGGAUAAGUUCGCCAAAUUCGCCAAUCCCAACAAGAUCUUCAUGGUUGGCGAGGCUCUGGUUGGUACGGACAGUGUUAUGCAGGCGCGCAACUUUAACCAGGCGUUUGGCACUGGACGGAAUUUGGACGGCUUCAUUAUCAGUAAAUGUGAUACUGUUGGUGAUAUGGUCGGUACGCUUGUGAGCAUGGUCCAUGCCACUGGUAUUCCUAUUGUGUUCCUGGGUGUUGGACAGCAUUAUGGGGAUAUCAGAGGGCUGAGUGUGCCGUGGGCUGUCAAUUUGUUGAUGAAGUGA